AUGGCGAAACCGCUAAAAGCCCUGGAGAGCCACCUCCACUACACUGUGGGGUGGGUAGCGCCUCUCCCCAUCGAACGAGCAGCAGCAAAGGCUAUGUUUGACGAGGAACACGGCAGACCAACCGAUUUUGAGCAGCCUAGAGGAGACCCCAAUUCUUAUUGCUGGGGAGAAAUAAGAGGUCAUAACAUUGUACUCGCCUCCCUCAAAGCCGGUGUCUCUGGUCCUGCCUCUGCAACAUCGAGUGCGAUAAUGUUGCUGCGAUCUUUCCCCGAGAUUCGCUUUGGCCUUCUUGUCGGCAUUGGCGGCGCCAUUCCUCAUGACGGUACGGACAUCCGGCUCGGUGACAUCGUUGUUGGCCAGCCAAGCGGUAGCGAAGGAGGUGUCAUCCAAUACGACCUUUUGAAAGCCAAGGCUGGUGGCGCCCAUGAACGCAAGGAUUUUCUUAACUCUCCACCAGAGGUCCUUCUGUACGCUCUGGUGAACUUGCAGAGCCAGCACGAAGAGCAACCUUCUCGAGUGGAACCGAUUGUCGCAGCUGUGCAAGUCAAGAGGAAGUUCAACGAGACCCAAGAGAAGACGCAGAUCCUGUCAUUCACUAUGGAGUGA